AUGACCGACCAACGCCCCGGCAUUGUUGCGCAAGCCGUGACAUUUGUCGGCGACGUCGCCAACAGGCGUCAUGUCUUGUCCCAACUUGUGCCCAUCGGUCUUUGGGUCGUGGACGCGCUUCUUUGCGCCCUAAUCAUCUGGAAGGUGCCAUACACCGAGAUUGACUGGAAGGCAUACAUGGAACAGAUUGCUCAGUACAUGUCCGGAGAACGCGACUACACAAAGAUCAAGGGCGGAACGGGACCCUUGGUCUAUCCAGCUGCGCAUGUGUACACGUAUGCUGCGCUCUACCAGAUUACCGACAAUGGAACCAACAUCCUCCGAGCUCAGUAUAUAUUCGCGGUUCUAUACAUGAUUACACUGGCGGUCGUGAUGAUGUGCUAUUGGCAGGCCAAGGUCCCUCCCUACGUCUUUCCCCUUCUCAUUGCCUCCAAGAGACUCCACAGCAUCUUUGUUUUGCGCUGUUUCAACGAUUGCUUUGCCAUCCUCUUCCUCUUUUUGGCCAUUUUCGCCUUUCAGCGCAAGGCUUGGACUGUCGGUGGAGUGCUCUACUCAUGGGGUCUAGGGAUCAAGAUGACACUUCUGCUGGUACUCCCUGCAAUCGCUGCCAUCUUGUUUCAAGGCAGAGGUGUGUCUGGCAGUCUAAAGGUGGCAAUGAUCAUAUUGCAGCUGCAGAUUGCAAUUGGCAAUUCCUUCUUCCAGAGCAACUGGACCGGCUAUCUGACACGGGCAUUUGAGCUUUCACGGCAGUUUUUCUUCAAGUGGACGGUCAACUGGCGCUUUGUUGGAGAAGAUGUUUUCUUGAGCCGCGAAUUCGCUCUAACUCUACUGGGCCUCCAUGUCCUCGUUCUUGCCGCAUUCAUGGUCAAGAAAUGGCUGCGGCCGGCAUUGUCUCGACGCCCACUCAUGGACCUUAUUGGGCCAACACUACAGCUGUCCUCUCCCUUUGGACCCCGGGACGAAGCUCUCGUAGCGUCUGCCAUUACACCCCAGUACGUCAUGACGACCAUGCUCUCGGCCAACAUCAUCGGCUUGUUGUUCGCAAGAUCCCUCCACUAUCAAUUCUAUGCCUAUAUUGCCUGGGCCACCCCGUACCUGCUCUGGCGAAGCGGAGCCCACCCUGUCCUCCAGUACGCCCUCUGGGCCUUGCAAGAAUGGGCAUGGAACGUAUACCCCAGCACUUCAGCCAGCUCGGCUAUUGUAAUUGGUGUCCUGGCCAUUACCGUUGUCAUGUCAUGGGUUGCAGGCAGUAAGGAACCCGUCCCUGCUCCAGUCACUGCGACUCAAACGCAAGCGGCCCCGUCAAAGAAGUCGGAUUGA